CUGGGCUUGUUGAUUCGUGAAAUAAGUUUAAGAAUGCCUCAAAAACGACGCCAGCGAGAAUCUGGCUAACAGAAUCGUUGCUAACAUCUCAACGAUCAUUUCGCAGUGAGUUCAGGGGUUCUCUUGGUGCCUCGUGAAGUUUGUCCAGCUUUCCCAACCUCUUUGGUUCCCGUUCAUUACCAUGUAUAGAGGCGUGCCCAGGUGGUUGGGGGUAACAAUGUCGGUAUACGGUGUGUGAAGGAUGCCACCAUUCCUUUUGCCUAAUUCCUGCAGGCGUCCAACGUGGUGGAUCCAUGCGGCCCUUCAACUAGCGGCAUGGUUGAUCCGUGGGUGAUGGCCAGGGCAAUAGCGGCCUCCCCCGCCAUGCUGCUGUACACAGUCUUGAGCGUGCGCGAAGUCCACAGUGCAUUUGUGUUAUCUAAUACGACUAGACAUAGGGCACAUUCUUGUGGGAACCGGGCCAUAUGCCCUGCUCAACAGUGCUUGGCCCACAAGCGGCAUCAACGUUCUGCUGUUCUGAAAAAAAUUCGCGUGGCCUCUGUUUCAACAGCAUAAGACUGCAUCAACAAACUUAAGUUUAAAACUCUCACGUUUUCUGUGCUCACUGAAGUAAGAGGCCGUAAGGAAACAUACACAGCUAUAAUACUUCCCAAAAUCAAUCUUCGGCAGUAAAGACGACUCAUGCAGACUUGUUUACGCAAGACGCGUGGAAAAUCCACGCGCUUUCGCGAUGACCCGGCUAGAUAGCAGAGAGCGCCGAGGGAGCCAGAAUUAGGAGCGAAGCUUUUACCAUCGGACACGUUGCUUACGUAAGCCGCGAGAUGGCAGGCUCCUGCCACGCGUUCAACAAACACGCGUGGAAGCCGAAUGUUUAGGUUCUUAGGCUGCGCCGAAGGAAAAGACCGAGCCCAGCGUUCUCACGUGUAGCCGUACUUUUCCGCACGAGGCAAAUAAAGCAUGACACAUCGGCUUGAAAGCUCAAGUCUGAGUGGUGGUGCCCCCAGCCUCUGAAACCCGUGCAGUAGGUUUAUGUCUUGUUUUGGCAGGUGGCCUCCGAAACUGGGGAGAAACCGUGGAAACACACACCGUAUGGCUUAAUAACAAACCGACGCUGGCCAUGUGUUCUCAGUAUGGUCACUCGUCGGGAGAGGAUUUGGGAGGCUCAACAAGGUUGUUGGGGUUCUGGUUCGGUGACCUCUUGGUUUUCUUUCGCAUAAGAAGGGAUGCUUGCCGCGAGACUUGUUCAGAAGCUCGCCCGAGGCCAGGACGCAAGGACGCACGGAACCACGACCAUGAAGGACCUUAAGGGAAAAGUUGCCCUCGUUACGGGAGCAGCAACGGGUUUCGGGAAGGCGAUUGCCGACCUCCUCCUCGGCAGAGGAUGCAAGGUAGCUCUCCUGGACAUGGACAGCGCUGUAGGCAAGCAGACAACCUCGGAGUUUCAGGCCAAGUACGGAAAAGACAGCUGCAUGUUCUUGAAGUGCGACGUCACUGACGACCAGGAACUUGACGACUGCUUCUGCCAGGCUCGCUCCCACUUCUGUGGCCUCGACAUCGUGAUCAACAACGCCGGCAUUGCUGGGGAGGCUAAGUGGAGGAAGAUCUUCGCCAUAAACGCCGAAGCAGUGUUCAGCGGAAUCCUCCUUGGCUUCAAGUACAUGGGAAAGGACAACGGCCAGAAAGGCGGGCACAUCAUCAACGUGGCCUCGGUUGCCGGCCUCAGGGUGAUGCCCACAAUCCCUGCCUACAAUGCAGCUAAGACAGCCGUGGUUGCCAUGACGAGGGCUUUUGGGAGUGACCUCUACCUGAACCGUCACGGAGUCAAGGUGAACUGCAUCUGCCCCGAGCCCAUGAACACGCCGAUGUGGUGGGGCAUAUCCGCGUUCUGCAAGACCCGCGAGGACACCACCGCCAUGGCCCUGGAUUACGACAAACGCGUUAUGACUGUCGAGCACGUGGCCAGGGGCGUAUUGAUGAUCCUGGAAGACGACAAGAACGGUGCUGCCUUGGCGGCACUCCAAGGCAAAGAUUUGCACUACUUCCAAUUCCAGGAGGACUGUUGAGGAAUAUCCAUUGACGUCUUUGUCUCUGUCAGUGUCAGGCGUCCAACAGUAGAAUCUGUAGUGAACUUUCACUGAAGGUGUGAUGGAUACGAAUAAAGACUCUUCCUGAAUACUGAGGAGCACCGG